AGUUGUGCAGAAGAAAAAUAAAGAGAUAAGAAAAACGAGAAAAACGCUUUAUAUUUUCUUCAAAAUUAGUUAAUUCCUCCCAAAUACGUCGCAGUUGGACGCUGAAUUUAUCAUCACAGAAAGUGCUGCGCAGAAUGAACUAUCAGGAGGUGGAGGAGCGCUACCCCACGUACGGGGAUGACUUUGAGGGAGAACCUGGGGUGGGGACGCAAGAUCAGAAACCACGAAUACUUCUAAUGGGGCUCCGACGUUCCGGGAAGAGUUCCAUCCAGAAGGUUGUCUUUCACAAAAUGUCCCCCAAUGAGACCCUCUUUCUCGAAUCAACGAAUAAAAUUGUCAAGGAUGACAUAAACAACAGUAGCUUUGUGCAAUUCCAAAUCUGGGACUUUCCCGGGCAGAUUGACUUCUUCGAACCAACCUUCGAUUCAGACAUGAUCUUCGGUGGUUGUGGCGCUCUCGUCUUCGUGAUCGACGCCCAGGAUGAGUACCUGGAGGCGCUCACGAAACUCAACCAGACAGUCACGAAGGCGUACAAAGUGAAUCCGCGAAUUAAAUUUGAAGUCUUCAUUCACAAAGUUGACGGGGUGAGUGAUGACUUCAAGAUGGAAUCACAGCGGGACAUCCAUCAGCGUGCCACGGACGAUUUGGCGGAUGCUGGCUUGGAUCAGAUCCACCUCAGCUUCCACCUCACCUCAAUCUAUGACCACUCAAUUUUCGAGGCAUUCAGCAAAGUUGUGCAGAAGCUCAUUCCGCAGUUGCCGACACUUGAGAAUCUCCUCAAUAUUCUCAUCUCCAAUUCGGGCAUUGAGAAGGCUUUCUUAUUUGACGUUGUGUCAAAGAUUUACAUUGCCACAGAUGCCUCUCCUGUUGACAUGCAGAGUUAUGAGCUAUGCUGCGAUAUGAUUGACGUGGUCAUUGAUCUUUCCUGCAUCUACGGCCUCCAGGGUAGCACUGACAUUGCCGCCUUCGACAAUCAGAGUUCUAGUUUAAUAAAAUUGAACAACAGCACGAUCCUCUACCUGCGAGAGGUGAAUAAAUUCCUUGCGCUCGUCUGCAUCCUGCGUGAGGAUAACUUCAGCCGACAGGGUGUCAUCGACUACAACUUCCUGUGCUUCCGUGAGGCCAUCGAGAGGGUGUUUGAGCUACGGCUGAAGCAGCAAAAGAGUCAAUGUUUGCAACAUGACGAUGACUUCCUCGAUGGGGCCAUGGUGGCCAAUGGGAGGACACAAAUGAAUGCCUCCGAUGGGGAAUCAGUUGAUGUUAUUGUCACAUAAAAUACGCCAUGCUCCCAUUCCCACCUUAAUGUUUUUAAUCGUCGCUAUUAAAAUUGCGCGGGAGAUUUGCUCUUUUGUUGAAAAAUUAAUUAUAUUAAAAAAAAAAAGAAUAAUUGUAUGAAGAAAUAAUUUUAGAACGGAAGUUUAUUAAAUGUUUUUCCUCUAAA